AUGUCGGGGAAGAAGUCGGUUGACACGCGUACAGUGUUCAGGGCGCCUGAAGAAGAUCUCGAGAUGGAAGAUAGCGUCUCGGCCCCUUUGCUGGCGGGCGGCCCUUCCAGAAGAAACUCGGCAAUCACGUCUGAGCAAUUAGACCUGCUGGAGAUUGAAGGGCCGAAUUCUGCUUCAAGAGGAGGUUUGAUGGAAGCUGUCACGAAUAUGGCCAACUCCAUCAUAGGUGCAGGUAUUAUAGGACUACCAUAUGCCGUCGCAGAAGCAGGGUUCGUUAUGGGGAUCUUUCUCAUAAUAGCCAUCGCCGUGAUAUCAGAUUGGACUAUCCGGCUAGUAAUUCUGACGAGUAAACUGAGUGGGAAAACGUCCUACACAGAAACGAUGGACCAUUGCUUCGGACCUCUAGGCGGCUAUUCUGUCUCUUUCUUUCAAUUCAUCUUUGCAUUUGGGGGUACUGCUGCGUUCCAUGUGAUUAUCGGCGACACCAUACCCCGUGUCAUAAGCUACAUCUUCCCUACCCUUUCCGAGCACGCGAUACUCGGCCUUCUGGUUAACCGCCAGGUCGUGAUCUGUCUGUGCACAGUGUUCAUCUCGUUGCCUCUGAGUCUGCAUCGAGACAUCGUCAAGCUCUCCAAGUCAUCCGGUUUCGCGCUCCUCUCGAUGGGAGUCAUCGUAUUCUCUGUCCUCUUCAGAAGUGUAGCUGUAGAUGUGUCAUUGCGAGGAAGCUCGCUCGACACGUUCUCGCUCGUCAAGCCGGGGGUCUUCCAGGCUAUCGGCGUCAUCUCAUUUGCCUACGCUUGUCACCACAAUAGCAACUACAUCUACCGGAGUAUCCAUGUGCCUACUUUGGACAGAUUCAAUACAGUCACGCAUAUUUCGACUGGUGUCAGUCUGAUUGCUUGUUUAUUGGUCGCAGUGACUGGAUACGUGACGUUCACCGACAAGACACAGGGCAAUAUCUUGAACAACUUUGCUGAAGACGACUGGUUGAUCAACAUUGCUCGUUUCUGCUUUGGCGCCAACAUGUCCACCACCAUUCCCCUGGAGGUGUUUGUCUGCCGAGAAGUGAUUGAUGAAUCGUUCUACAAAGGCAAAUCUUUUAGUCAGACACGGCAUGUCCUCGUGACUUGUGCCAUCGUCUUCUCCACCAUGCUCUUGGCCUUAACCACAUGCGACCUCGGUAUCGUCCUCGAGCUCUCCGGCGGUCUCGCAGCAUCCGCUCUGGCAUUCAUCCUCCCUGCUGGCGCAUACUUUACGCUCCUUUUUGGUCCUUGGACGAGCAGAAAGAAGUUGCCCGCGGCUAUCAUUGCGGCGUUUGGUGUCAUUGUUCUAGUUCUGAGCUGUGGGCUCACUUUGAAACACGCUUGGAAUGGGGAGGGUGGGAAGACACAGUGCUGA